AUGACGCUUUACAAACUAAACAUUACUUUAUAUAGCUUAAUAUUUAUAUUGUCGGUAUGCGGAAACAGUUUGGUCAUAAUAACAUUGAUAAGAAACAAAAAGAUGCGCACAAUAACGAACCUGUUUCUGGUCAACUUGGCAAUCAGUGACCUCAUGCUGUCCGUGCUCUGUAUGCCCUUCUCCCUUGUUGCGACCACGCUGCUGCGAAACUUCAUAUUUGGAGAGGCCAUGUGUGUCAUAAUCAGAUACUUUCAAGCGGUGUCGGUUGGUGUGAGCUGUUACACCCUGGUUGCUAUUUCUCUGGAACGUUACUACGCCAUAUGUGAACCACUGCGGUCACGACGCUGGCAAACACUCUCGCACGCCCGUAGAAUGCUGAUCGGCAUCUGGGCCAGUGUCCUCACCGUGAUGUCCCCCAUCGCCAUGUUCCACAGGGUAAUUAAGAUCCAGACUGGCGGUCAGGCGUGCCGGGAAGUAUGGCCGGAAAUCUUGCUGCGCUUUAAAAUCGACGUUAUGUACAGCAUUUUAUUGGCAGUGAUUCUUUUGCUACUUCCUCUUCUGACGAUGGGAUCGUUUUAUAGCCUUGUUGCCAAAAAACUUUGGAUGGUUUCUACACAAAUGGAAGCACCAUCUGACACAACAUCGCGAGAGAGGUUCAUACGGCAAACACCCCUACUGAAUGAACGUGGUGAAAGCACUCAGUCAAUGACACUCGACGGAAAUCGUACAAAUCAUGACCCGUCGAGCCGGAAACGAGUUAUUAGAAUGCUAGUGGUGGUCGUUUUACAGUAUUUCCUGUGUUGGGCUCCAUUAACACUUCUCAACUCAUGGGAGGCAUUUGAUUUCCGUUCUGUGUUUUAUUACAUCUCUCCACUAACUAAAUCAUUCAUUUUACUUUUAGCUUAUACAUCGUCUUGUAUACAUCAAAUAACAUACUGCUUUAUGAGUAGGAGUUUCAGGCGAGGUUUUCAGGAGAAUGUGCGUUGCUCGAAACCCCUACCCACUCGCCAUCAAUCAUUUACAGCCAUUCGAUGGUAA